AUGGAGAAGAUUAAGUCCCACCUGCAGGUGGGUGUGCGUGAGACAUCGCAGCACUUCUGGGGGUUUCGACGUGACGCGGCUUUCGAGAAACGCUCUCCCGCAAGCCGAUCUGGCCGCAGGACCGGCGCCUCCCGGACCUCCCAAGAGCUAAACCGGCGCUUGCAAAAGCUGCGAGGGAGCCAGACGGAGGCCACGCCCCGAAGGCGGAGCGACUGGGGCCCCGCCCCGGCCCACCUGCCUGCCCCGCCCCUGGCCGGCUCCCUCCCUGCCUCCCUGCGCGCUUGUGCUGGCUGGCUGGGCUCCUGGGGAGCUGGGAGCUGCGUCCAGUGGCCGGCGGAUCGCGGCGCCCCGAGUGCAAAAAGAGGAGCCAUGCCGGCGGGUGGCGCCUGGGCGCUGCUCUGCUGCGCCCUGCUUUGCGCGCUCGGCGCGGUCCCGAGCCAGGCAGGAGAAUGCAAAGAUCUGGAGUCCUGCGAGAAAUGCAUUGAAGGAGCAGCAUCCUUGAACAUUACUGACUGCGUGUGGAUGCUCUGCAGAGAAUCCAAGGAGAAGCAUGGUACUGGGAGCUGCGUGGGGAAGGGACAACCGGCCAAGGAGAAGUGUUCCUUUUACAACAUCACCACCAUGUGUGAAGCGGCAGAAAAGACCACCAAGGAGCCGCCGCACCCAACAACUAAAGAGCCCCCAAAGCCAUCCACGAAGGAGCCAGAGAUCCGCACCCCUGGUACGACAGCCAGCCCUCCACUAACUGGUCCCCCCAAGUUCCACCCAGCGGGCUUUGACUCGGCGAGCUUCAUAGGCGGGAUUGUUCUUGUCCUCAGCAUCCAAGCCGUCGUCUUCUUCGUCAUCAAGUUCCUCCGAUCAAAGGACAGCACCUAUCAGACACUGAUCUGACGGCCGAUCUCCAGGGAGCUGUGUUGAUGUGUUUCUCUCGCCUGGGAGGAGUAGCUGGAGAAGAGGCCAUCUGUCUGGCCGUAUUUGGAGCCAGGAU